CAAAAAUAUUAAUCUCCUCGUCCAAUUAGAAUAAUAAUGGAAUAAAAAAGAAGGUGCCUUUCGAUCCAGAUCUUCUGCUUUUCUUCUAUAAACAAAACAUGGGGUUUCGCCCUCUACAAUCCCAAAACAGAUCAACAGUUCUCAUCUCUCAGCAAUGCCUGAAACUCUAAGGAAUCUCUUUCUUUCUCCCAAUAUCUUCUCCUUCACUUUCUUUCUAUCAAUUAACUCUAUUUUCUUUCAUUCUUGUUACUCCAUUGAUGAACAAGGCCUAGCUCUUUUGACAUGGAAGAAGAGCUUAAACAGCUCCACAGAUGUACUCAAUUCUUGGAAUCCUUCAGACCCAACUCCAUGCAACUGGUUUGGGGUUCGUUGCAACUCAAAUGGAAUGGUUACAGAGAUAAGCUUGAAAGGAGUAGAUUUGCAAGGUCCAUUACCUUCAAAUUUUCAGUCUCUCAACUCCUUGAAGACCUUUAUCCUGUCCUCUGCCAAUCUCACCAGCAAUAUUCCAAGAGAGUUGGGUGAAUAUCAAGAGCUCAGUUUCAUUGAUUUUAGCGACAAUUCUCUCUCAGGUGAAAUACCAGGGGAAAUAUGUAGGCUAAGCAAACUGCAAAGCUUAUCUCUCAAUACAAAUUUUCUUGAAGGCGAAAUUCCUUCUGAUAUUGGUAACCUCUCAAGCCUUAUGUACCUGACUCUUUACGACAAUCAACUCAGCGGAAAAAUUCCAAAGAGCAUUGGAGCAUUAAGCAAGCUGGAAAUCUUCAGAGCUGGUGGGAACAAAAAUCUGAAGGAUGAGCUGCCUCAGGAGAUUGGGAACUGCACCAACUUGGUUGUGUUAGGCCUUGCUGAAACUAGCAUUUCUGGGAGCUUGCCUUCAUCAAUUGGAAAGCUGAAAAGAAUUCAAACUAUAGCCAUUUAUACAACACUCCUAUCAGGUCCUAUCCCAGAAGAGAUUGGAAACUGCAGUGAGUUGCAGAAUUUGUACCUGUAUCAGAGCUCUUUAUCUGGUUUGAUUCCAAGGGGAAUUGGGGAACUUAGCAAGCUUCAGAGUCUGCUUCUUUGGCAGAACAGCUUAGUGGGUUCAAUCCCAGAUGAGCUUGGGCGAUGCACAGAGCUCACUGUCGUUGAUUUUUCUGAGAAUCUUCUGACUGGAAGCAUCCCAAGAAGUUUUGGGAAUCUUUUGAAGCUUCAAGAGCUUCAGCUAAGUGUCAAUCAAUUAACAGGCACCAUUCCCGUUGAAAUCACAAACUGUACAGCCCUCACUCAUCUUGAAGUGGAUAACAAUGCCAUUUCGGGUGAGAUUCCUGCAAUUAUUGGCAAUCUAAAUAGCUUGACUCUGUUCUUUGCUUGGCAGAACAAUCUAACAGGCAAUAUUCCCCAGUCUCUAUCAGAGUGCCAGAAUCUUCAGGCUCUUGAUCUCUCAUACAACAAUCUUUUUGGUUCAAUACCAAAUCAGAUUUUUGGGUUGCAGAAUCUCACCAAGCUACUGCUACUUUCCAAUGAUUUAUCUGGUUUCAUACCACCAGAUAUAGGCAACUGCACCAACCUGUAUAGAUUGAGAUUGAGUGGAAAUAGGCUGGCGGGCACUAUUCCAUCGGAAAUAGGAAAAUUGAAGAGUUUGAAUUUCAUGGACUUGAGCAACAAUCGUCUCGUCGGAGGAAUUCCCCCAUCCAUAUCUGGAUGUAAAAAUCUCGAGUUUCUUGAUCUCCAUUCAAAUGGGAUUGCUGGUUCUUUACCAGAUUCUCUGCCCAAAAGCCUACAGUUUGUGGAUGUUUCAGACAAUAGGCUUACAGGUCCACUGACUCAUAGUAUCGGGUCAUUGACUGAAUUAACCAAGCUUAUCUUGGCAAAGAAUCAACUUUCAGGCAGUAUUCCGGCGGAGAUAUUAUCUUGCAGUAAGCUGCAAUUGCUCAAUCUUGGAGACAAUGGCUUAUCAGGAGAAAUUCCAAAGGAGCUUGGUCAAAUGCCAGCAUUGGAAAUCUCUCUCAAUCUUAGCAGCAACCAACUUUCCGGUGUGAUCCCAUCAGAAUUUUCUGGUCUCAGCAAGCUUGGAGUGCUUGAUCUCUCCCACAACAUGCUCAAAGGGAACUUAGAUGUUCUUGCAGACCUUCAAAACCUUGUUUCUCUCAAUGUAUCUUUCAAUGACUUCUCCGGUGAAUUGCCUGACACUCCCUUUUUUCGAAAGCUCCCCUUAAGUGACCUUGAUUCGAACCAAGGUCUCUACAUUGCUGGAGGAGUAGUAACACCCACAGAUAGCAUGGGACGUGCAGCACGCAAUAGAUCAGCAAUGAAACUAGUGAUGUCCAUUCUUCUCAGUGGCAGUGCAGUGCUAGUUCUCCUAGCAAUCUACAUGCUUGUCCGCGCCCGAAUUGCUAACCAUGGGCUAAUGGAAGAUGGAAACUGGGAAAUGACUUUGUACCAGAAGCUUGAUUUCUCCAUAGAUGACAUUGUUCGAAAUCUAACAUCCUCUAAUGUUAUAGGCACAGGCAGCUCAGGAGUAGUAUACAAGGUCACAAUUCCAAAUGGGGAUUCUCUAGCAGUUAAGAAGAUGUGGUCAUCAGAAGAAUCAGGAGCAUUCAAUUCUGAAAUUCAAACACUUGGUUCUAUCAGACACAGGAACAUUAUCCGGCUUUUAGGCUGGGGUUCUAACCGACACCUGAAGCUACUUUUCUAUGACUACCUCCCAAAUGGAAGCUUGAGCUCCCUUCUUCAUGGUGCUGGAAAGGGAGGGGCAGAAUGGGAAACAAGAUAUGGUAUUGUGUUAGGGGUGGCACAUGCACUCGCAUACUUGCAUCAUGAUUGUUUACCACCAAUUCUUCAUGGAGAUGUAAAAGCCAUGAAUGUACUUUUAGGACCAGGCUAUGAAGCUUUUCUAGCUGAUUUUGGCCUAGCAAGAGUUGUGGCUGAUGAUGAUUCAGCCAAACCAAGCCAGAGACCUCACCUAGCUGGUUCUUAUGGAUACAUGGCUCCAGAGCACGCAUCAAUGCAGCGGAUCACUGAGAAAACCGAUGUGUACAGUUAUGGUGUGGUGCUUUUAGAGGUCUUGACGGGAAGACACCCAUUAGACCCAACAUUGCCUGGUGGUGCACCCUUGGUUCAGUGGGUUAGGGACCACUUGGCAAGCAAGAAAGACCCAGUUGACAUUCUUGAUGUAAAACUUAGAGGGAGGGCUGACCCUACAAUGCAUGAAAUACUCCAAACUUUAGCUGUAUCAUUUCUGUGCAUCAGCUCCAGAGCUGAUGAUCGUCCAACAAUGAAAGACAUUGUUGCAAUGCUAAAGGAGAUUAGGCAUGUCGACCCUGUAAGGCCAGAAACUGACUUAUCAAAGGGAGGUUUGGCAGAAGCUCGAUCGCCAUCCCCUAGGAUUGUAGUGUCACAAGGAUCUUCUAACUGCUCAUUUGCUUUCUCUGAUGAUUCAACCUAUAAUGGGUAAACAUUUCAAGGAUAGUUUUCAGAGCUUUCAUGUUCUGUACAUUAUCCACCACUUGAUGGGGCAAUCAUAGUAGUAAAAGGUCCUCUCUGGGUUGUAAUUUUCACCAUAUUUGAUGUUUUAGAUUAGGAGAAAAUCUGUUAAGAGUAAAUUCAGCUUCUGGGUAUGUAAAAUAUAUUAUCAAAAGCAAAGAAGAAUAAGAGAAUUUUCAGAACUUUUAAGGGUAGAAAUAGAAAGGGGUCCAUACUCUAUGGUGGUUUGACAGCUCCAAUGCUGAUGGGGGGAUUACCUUGGGAGCAGAGGAGAGCAUGUAGGAGCUGGACCAAUCAAUCAUUGGUAGUUUUGGAUCUAUGUAGUUAUAAUUUAAUGC